AUGUCUGCAAACCCUCAAGUCACAACAACCCCAAUUCUGGGGCUGGAAAUACUCCGAAGCCCACCGGAUCCCACUGUUGACUCGGCAUACGCGAAACGUUUCAAGAUGAAGCAGUAUAUGGACAACCUAGCAGCCGAGCUUCUCGAGGCCCUGAAUUUGAGAAGAGAGGAACAGAAAUGCGCCAGGAGACCAGUCGUAAUGCUUGGGCAUAGCAUGGGCGGACUGGUAAUUGCGAAAGCAUUGUGCCUCGCGGAAAGUGAACGGCUCCACUAUCCAGACAUGUACGAAAGCAUCACAGGCUGCUUAUUCUUUGGAACACCCUUCAACGGUGCGCCUGUUGCAGAAGUAGCCGAACAUUGGGCCAAGAUGCAAGUCAAAGAAAACACUGGCAAGGCGGUCGACUCGCAGCUCCUGAUACUACUCAAGCCUGGAAAUGAGAGCUUACGAGAGCUGAAACGUGGUUUUGUGCAUUCUGGCGGCAAGCUAUCCCAGAAGGUCGAGGUUCAUUGCUUCUUUGAAGAACUGAAUACAAAUUGGACAGACAUCAUCCAAAAGCUAACGAGUGAGAAUUUUCCCGAAGACAUGCUUGACAAGUUGCGGUCAAAGGAAUCUGCUGAAUUUGUCAGCCGAGACUCAGCAAGUCUUGAUUCUUCCAUGGAGACAGGCCUCUACAGAGCCCACAGAGAUCUGGUCAAGUUUGAGUCAUUCAAGGAUCCCCAAUACCAACGAGGUAAGGGAAAGACCAACGCAUCUGUUGCCAGUAUACAGUCGAUCAAGGCCGCAAUCAGAAAAGCGGAAGAUGAUGACUGUAACUCUGUCCAUCGUCCAGACCUAUUGGCCUACUACUUUUGCAAUCAAACGCCAGACCGUUCAACUGCCGAAGACUUACUCAAGUCUUUGCUACAACAGCUCUGCCGACAGCAGGCGGUUCUCGCUACCUAUGCGAAACAUUUUCUCAAGGAUUCGAAUAACGAGUCUGCACACACGCUUCCGGACCCAGACACAAACGAAUCGACCAAAAGAUUGCUGGCCUUCAUUGGUGCUGACAUUCAGCGCCUGACCCCUGAAAAGGGCAAACGAGCAUCAACUCGGUGGUUAUUCACCAGCCGUGAACGCAAGUCAAUCCAAAAACACCUGAAGCCGCAUCAUACUGUGCAUCGCAUUGAUCUCGAGGAUAAAAAAUAUGGCAAAAGCUUGAGGUCAGAGCUAAAGCAGCAUGCCCAUAUCCAAGUAGACGAACUUCAAAAGGAGAAGGGAUGCACCAAAGCUAUCUCCUACUUUGUCGAAAGCGUCAUAGGAACUCGUGCCGAGGACACCAAAUGGAUUAACGUGGCCGUUGUGGGCCUAGCAGCACUUCCCCCUGGAACAAAGGAUGGUUAUAUCCGACGCAUGCUGGAACGCGCGCCGCAAGAUUUUAACACACUUCUUCACGAUGCGUGGUCAUCGAUUCUCAGGCCUGAUGUCGAUGACAUCGAUUGCAUCAAAGAGCUACUCAGAGCCUUGAUUCUUGCGUAUAGGAACCCUACGGAUCUCGAACUUCUGGUAUUGAUCGGCUCAUCCCCGUAUGAUGAGGAGCAUAGACAUCAGUUGCAGCAUAUGGUGGAAAAGUGCAGUCCACUUCUCGUUCAGGCUCGACAUGGCCGCGAAACAACCAUUGGGUUUGUCAAUAUUGAUGUGAAGAACCAUCUCUUGAACAAUUCAGACAACUUAUUGGACCUGUCGAAAGAUGAGCACGACAUCCAACAUGGCUUUCUUGCUCUGAGAUGCUUAAUUAAGGUCUCAGAGCGCCUCUCGUGCUCGCCAGAAGGCCUGAUGUCGAAUAACAGACCGGCAAUGCCAAUAUCUCAAUAUCAGGAGUCACAGGAGGUUCAACCCACGAAGACAGCGGGUUCCGUCAUUAUGGAGACCUCGGAAGCGGAGAACAUACGUCGUGACAGUUCAAGUAGUCCCUUUGACUCAGACACGGCUCAAACAGAAGAGCAAGGGGAAUUCUUGGCGCUUCCUUACGCUACAAGCUUUUGGCUCGAGCACGCAGGCCAAGCAACUACCGAUGUCACCCGUCGUCUCUCUCGAGAAACUGCGUUCUGGGAGGCGGGAUCCUCAGUCAUGAUUCGAUGGUUGAAUGAGUACGAGCGGUUGACUAAAGCAUUCACGUCGCGUGACAUCUCUGCAAAGGAUCUCAACGCCCUACAUGUUGCAGCAACACUCGGCUAUCCACUAUUGGUUGAAUCUCUAUUGGAAGCCGGGCACAAAGAAGAUAAAACCAAGUAUGACUCGCUGAGGAACCAGCCGCUUCACCUGGCCGCUAGUUUUGGCAAGACCGAAAUCAUUGAUCAGCUGCUUGACGCAGGAGCCGAAGUCGAUGAGUCGGGACCAGAACGAAGAAACGACACCCCGCUCGCUAUGGCCGCUUAUUUACUCGGGGAGCGAUGGGCGGGAGAAAAUCCCGAUCAAAGCGAGUCUAGCGAUGAGAAUAACACGACCUCUGAGGAGCCGUCGUGGAUGUCACCGCUAGCUCUGGCAGCCCUCAUAUCGGACAUUUCCAUGUUCAAUGCCAUCCUUGAAGCUGCAGCAGAUAAUCUAACCCCUAAUGAACACAGCAAAGCCCUCAUAAUGGCAUCUCAUUCUGGCAGAAUCGAGAUUGUGGAGAAGCUUCUGGGUUACGAACACGAAUCACACAUCUUCAAGGCUUCCUUAGAGAUAGCCACAAAAGAGCAGAAUUGGGAUGUGAUCCGUCUCAUACUAAAGAAGUCCACAGGUUUGGACUGCGAGAUCCCUUUCAGAGCCGCUUCGAAAGAUAAAGAAUACUUGGAAGAUGUUCUUGAGCUUUGUUGGGAGCAUGCGGAUGGCUCUAUAGGGCAAGAAAUCUUGGAUGACUGCCUCUAUAUCGCGACUGACCUCGAGAAAAAGGAGACGGUUGAGCAGUUAAUCAAAUUCGGAGCGAGUUGCAACGCACUCGGAUCAGAAUUUGGAAAUGCCUUGACUGCCAGUGCUUACGACGGCACUGUGUCAAUCGCCGAGAUUCUGUUGGGACAUGAGGCUGAUGUGAACGCCCCAGAAGGCUAUGCUCUCCAAGCAGCAGCAACGCAAGGACAUUUGCCAAUGGUCGAAUUACUUGUGAAACAUGGCGCGAAUGUCAACCUCGCCAAGAAGGGAGCUAAUCCUGAUAUUGGUGGCGGAGAGAACGAUAGGCCAAUCUUUUCAGCAAUCUUCCAGGGAAACAUGGACUUGCUCGAACGCUUGUUGCAAUGCGAGAACCUGGACUUGGAGGUCUCUGGAGGGCCGCAGAACAAGACACCGAUCCAUUACGCCGCCCUGCACCUCCCUGUUGCCGCAUUCGACAAGAUCAUCGAACACGGAGCUCCUGUCGACAUCAUUGACGCAGAAGACAGUACAGCACUUAUGGAAGCUGCGAUGAUCGGAGAUUCGGAAGCAGUCAAAAGUUUGCUGGAGCAUGGGGCAGAUGUCUUGAUCGAGAACUCCUUCGGGCAGACGGCUCUAGACAUAGCAGCUCAGCUGGGCGAAACCGAGUGUGUUCACCUUCUCGCAGCGAGAGCGGGCGCAAUCUUGCGUCGCUUGAAGAGAGCCGCAGAUGAAGGCGACGAGAGUGCUCAAUGCCGCAUCAUUGUCACAUUUAUCGAGAGACGGUCACAGGUUUCGUCCGAAUUACUGUAG